CAGCAGCGGCUUCUUGACCGGCAUGGCGGUGUGCGCUCGUCUUUGCGGCGUGGGCCCUUCGCGGGGAUGCCGGCGUCGCCAGCAGCGCCGGGGCCCGGCGGAGACGGCGGCGGCCGACAGCGAACCGGACACAGACCCGGAAGAGGAGCGCAUCGAGGCAGGCGCGGCGGCGCUAUACGGUGCGGGGAGCGGCCGGAGCGCGAGCCCCUCGCCGCCCCCGCGCUGCUCGCUGCUGGAGCUGCCUCCCGAGCUGCUGGUGGAGAUCUUCGCCUCGCUACCCGGCACGGACCUGCCCAGCCUGGCUCAGGUCUGCACCAAGUUCCGUCACAUCUUGCACACCGACACCAUCUGGAGACGGCGCUGUCGGGAGGAGUAUGGCGUUUGUGAAAACUUGCGGAAGCUGGAGAUCACGGGUGUAUCUUGUCGAGACGUCUAUGCGAAGCGUAUAAACCCUCACGUGAAGUCGGGACGUUUCAUGAAAGUUCUUCCCGAUUACGAGCACGUGGAGUACAGAGAUGUGUACACCUGCCUGCUCCACCGAUACAGGCACAUCCUGGGACUGUGGCAGCCGGAUAUCGGGCCCUACGGAGGACUGCUGAACGUGGUGGUAGACGGCUUGUUCAUUAUUGGAUGGAUGUACCUGCCUCCCCAUGACCCUCAUGUGGAUGACCCAAUGCGAUUCAAGCCCUUGUUUAGAAUUCACCUGACAGAGAGGAAAUCACCCACGGUGGAGUGCAUGUACGGCCACAGAGGACCCCACAACGGCCACAUCCAGAUUGUGAAGAAGGACGAGUUCUCCACCAAGUGCAACCAGACAGACCACCACAGGAUGUCUGGUGGAAGGCAAGAGGAGUUCCGAACGUGGCUGAGGGAAGAAUGGGGGCGGACGCUGGAGGACAUUUUCCAUGAGCACAUGCAGGAGCUUAUCCUGAUGAAGUUCAUCUACACCAGUCAGUAUGACAACUGCCUGACCUACCGCCGCAUCUACCUCCCGCCCAGCCACCCGGAUGACCUCAUCAGGCCAGGCCUCUUCAAAGGCACCUAUGGCAGCCACGGCCUGGAGAUUGUCAUGCUCAGCUUCCACGGGAAGCAUGCCAGGGCCACGAAGAUCACAGGUGACCCCAAUAUUCCUGCGGGGCAGCAAACGGUAGAGAUCAACCUCAUGCACCGCAUCCAGCUGCCCAACGUCGAGAACCUCUGCAACUUCAAUGAGCUCUCCCGCAUCGUCCUGGAGGUUCAUGAGCAGGUGCGCCAGGAGCAGCAGCAGCAAGAAGACAGGACUGAGGACAGUGAGGGUGCCGGGCCACCCACUGAGAAGGCCUGGGAGUCCGGGGACAGAGGGGCUGCAGCUUUGAAAGAGCAGUCUGUCCAGUUCGUUCUGCCCGUGGGAGUGAGCUCAAGGAACGAGGACUACCCCCGAACCUGCAGGAUGUGUUUCUAUGGUACAGGCCUCAUCGCCGACCAUGGCUUCACCAGCCCUGAGCGCACCCCCGGGGUCUUCAUCCUGUUCGACGAGGACCGCUUUGGGUUCAUCUGGCUGGAGCUGAAAUCCUUCAGCCUGUACAGCAGAGUCCAGGCCACCUUCCGGAAUGCAGAUGCUCCAUCCCCACAGGCCUUCGAGGAGAUGCUCAAGAACAUUCAGUCCCUGACCUCCUGACGGCCCCUUUCCCUGCCAGGGGCGGCUCCAGAGCCCGUAGCCUGGGAAGAGCAGCAGCAUGCACUUUUGAGAUUCAACCUUCUGACCAGAACACCCACCUUCUUGUAGGCGCCUCGGCCCGGCCACCUGAAACGCUUUCUAUAGAGGGUGCUGCAUAGGCCUGCACAUUUGUCAGUAGCUGAUGGGGAAGCUGAGCUGAGCAUGUCUUAUAACAAAACAAAAAAAGAAUUGGAGAAACUGAGUUUGUCUUUGGCUCACUGACGAUUUUCUAGGGAAAACAAAAUCCUCCAGGGAAGUUCCUGACAUAGCUCAGUCUCUUGAUUUAAGGGGUCCAGUGUGCGGGGUGCCAACUCUACCUUUUGCUCCGCAGGAAGCAAAUGAAAGUGGCCAUGGGCCUGUGAGGGCCCUUUGAGGGCCCAGGUGAGGCGAACUUCCGUGCGGCCUGGGCAGGUGGGGAGCAGUGUGUGUGGAAAGGCAGCUCUAGAGAAUUGGGGGUGUCAGUCUCAAGACUGAGGACUGGAUUCCUAUUUCUCCCCCCGCCUUUUUUUUUUGCAUUGUUUUAUUUCUGUUUUAUUUUUGUUGUCUCUUUUUUCUUUUGUUUUGUUUUUUCCACAUUUUUUGUGAAUUCCCAUUUCUCUACUGACUCACUUGGAUUUUGGACAAAAGCGUUUCAUCCUCAUCUCAGUUUCUGAAUCAGGGAAAUGGGGCUAGCGAUACGGGUCACUAGAGAAUGUCACUGUGGGCCUUUGAGCAGCACAGAGGCCCUGUGACCACCCCUGGUCCUGGUGCCCGGGCAGCAUCUGAUAUGCUUGCCCUGGCCUCUCUAGGUUGAAAACCUUCCCUGCAGCCAGUUCUAGUCAGUACUCACGGUGCACUCCCCGCCACCAACACACGCAUGCUUUGAUGUUAGAUUCCCAAACUGCAGCCACGUGUCCCAGGACUGGGUCAGAGCUACGUCUUUUUAUGGCCCUGCGUUUAUUUCAUCUGCACUGUGUACACUGGCGCUGUUCUGGGAAGUGUUGAAGCAUCAGAAGUGUGACGGUGCAGCCCCUUCACAGAUGAGAGGGCAGCUUUCUAGAAAAGUCACACUGCAUCAGGGUGCACUUUCGAGACCAGAACCUUCCUGCAUGGUGACCCUGGUAGUGAUUCUUCUAUUGGCAUUGUGCCCAUGUUGGGCUGACAACUGCAUUUGGGGACCACCCCCUCCCAAGGUCCCCGAUCUCAGCGUCUCCUGCAGAAUGGAGCCCUAAAUGUGUGCUGGCCUCCAAGAAUGUUUCGGCUCCCCCUCCAGCCCGCAGAGAGCCCUCUCCACACUACCUGCCCAGGAGUGCGCUUUAUGGAGGGCUGGGCAGAGUUUUGUCCCUUCGUUGCUUGUCUUUGUUGGCUGGAUUGUGAUGAGUGCGAGGAUCCCCAGGGAAGGGGGCAGCUGUGUGGUGCCUUCAGACAGAGACCAAUCUGAGCUGUCUCAUGCAAUGUGUCCUCUGUUUUCCUGAUUAAUUUUUUCUUUGGCCUUUUUUUUUUUUUUUUUUUAAUAAAAAAUUCCCCACUACCCUAACUGCAGUUCAUUUAGCAACUCUGACCUCCUUUUGCUUCCCAGUGGCACAAUCAACAGGCUCUGGGACACACUCCCUCAAUGGCCAACUGGCCCUCCUGGGAGGUUCUGUGGAGACCCGGAGAGGCAAAUGGAGAAGGUGAGGUCCCACCUGGGCAGCCGCGGGGUUCAGCUGCCCAACAUUAUCAGCUGAAUCUCAUCAGGGAUGCAUGCCCAGGGCGUACCUUCCAGAUCCUUCUAGCAGGUCCUGCAGUCGAGUUGAGUCAUGGUCCCAGUUUCCACAUCUUCUGCAGGACUGAGCCUACAAGCGUCGUCACUGCUUCUGUCUUGCGGUACGACUUUUUUCUCAUGCCAAAUGUGGCCAGCCCUGAACUGUGCGUGUUAACUAUGGCCAUGAAGCUUUGAGGAAAAUGAAGAAGGAAAACUGGGCAUGCCAGCUCUUGUUCUCUAAGUUUCACCACUGUUUAAAUAAAAUUAAGAAAAUGCCUA